CAAGAUAGAUCGAUGACAGAUUGCAAGUAAGGCUUGUGAUCGUGGUUUGCGGCCACGUGUUUGUGAAGCACGUGAUUGUAAUUCAAUCACGCAGCCUGACGUCGGUGUUUCCAAUCCUCCACGAUCCGUUCCUCCCCAUAUCAUUCUCAUCUUACACGAAACACGGGCAGCAUUGACCCACAUCCGAACACAUUCGACUUACAGCAUAUAUGAAGCUUGUGCCUUAGUUACAAUGUCGUCCCGCAAAAGUGCAACCGUUAAGGCCGCCAAAGCUGCCAAGGUCUCCGACAGUGGAAGCGCAAUACCCGAUGGUCCAAAGGCAAGACAUUUCAGUAUGAUUCGCGAGUUUGUGCUAGCAGACUUGGUCACCCUAUGCAACUCAGCUUCUGGUUCGACGUCCAUUUUUGCUUCUCUCAAAUACGUUACAACCCAGAAUGUUUGGUUCCUGUACGCAGCCAUCCUACUCUUGCCUGCAGCCCUUCUUUUUGAUAUAUUAGACGGGCGUGUGGCUCGGUGGUCGCGCUCCUCUUCGCCGAUGGGUCGUGAGCUAGACUCUCUCGCCGAUGUGAUCAGCUUUGGUGUUGCUCCAGCUGUACUUGGAUUUGCCAUCGGCUUACAGGGCCUUUUUGAUGUUGUUGUGCUCCUGUACUUUGUCAACUGCGGUGUCUCUCGUCUAGCGCGCUACAACGUCACUGCGGAGACAAAUAUGGACCAUAGUGGCAAAGUGACGUUUUUCGAAGGCACACCGAUUCCCACCACCGUUUUCAUUGCCCUCGGCAUUCUUUACCUCCUCAAUACAGGACAGUUUGGAGAUGGACAGCUUCCCGGGGGCAAGUUCGUCGUUGGAGGAUGGACUUUUCACCCCUUUGCCUUGGUUUACGCGUUGAGCGGCACUUUACAAAUCAGCAAAACUUUGCGAAUUCCCAAGCCUUAGUGCCUGAUGAUGUCCUCACCGUACCUCCAGCAAGUCCCCAUCCUCCAGGCCCAGUUCCUCCAAUCUCAUUGAAGAAUCCAAUACUUCUCCAUCCAACAUUAAACGACGUGUGCCGUGACUGAUAUUACGCAAUUUUUGAUAGGCAGCUAUCAGCGCUUCCACCGUUGCCCCCUUCUUGGCCUUGAUCUUGGUAAUCUCUGUAGCGUCUUGCAUUUUUAAUAGUAUCAAUUCGUUACAAGGAUUGCCUUCCAUCUCCACGUCGCCCAC